AUGGUGAAAGACACUAAGUUCUACGAUCUUUUGGGCGUCUCGCCCCAAGCCAGCGAGAACGAGUUGAAGAAGGCCUACAGAAAAGCAGCCUUGAAAUACCACCCAGACAAGAACCCUUCCCCAGAGGCGGCAGAAAAGUUCAAGGAGUUGUCGCAGGCGUACGAGGUCCUUUCAGACGACCAGAAGAGAGAAGUCUACGACUCCUAUGGUGUUGAAGGCUUGAGCGGUGGCGGUCCAGGUGGUAUGGGCGGCAUGGGCGCAGACGACAUUUUUUCGCAGUUUUUCGGUGGCGGUUUCGGAGGCAUGGGCGGAGGUGCUCCUAGAGGCCCUGCCAGAGGCAAGGACAUCAAACACACUAUCGCCUGCACGUUAGAGGAGUUGUACAAGGGCAGAUCUGCUAAGUUGGCUUUGAACAAGACCGUCUUGUGUAAGCUGUGUGAUGGCCGUGGUGGUAAAGAGGGCAAGAUCAAGCAGUGUAGCUCGUGUCAUGGUGCGGGCUCGAAGUUCGUCACCAGACAGAUGGGCCCUAUGAUCCAGAGAUUCCAAACCACAUGUGACGUUUGUCAGGGUAGUGGUGACAUCUGCGAUGCCAAGGACAGAUGUACCGCUUGUAAGGGUAAGAAGGUUCUGGCUGAGCGCAAGAUCUUGCAAGUUCACAUCGACCCAGGUAUGAAAGACGGUCAAAGAAUCGUCUUCUCUGGUGAGGGUGACCAGGAGCCAGGUGUUACUCCUGGAGACGUUGUGUUCGUUGUCGACGAGAAGCCACACAAGUCAUUCACCAGAAAGGGCAACGACUUGUACUACGAGUCUGAAAUCGACUUGUUAACUGCAUUGGCCGGUGGAGAGGUCUCAUUCAAGCAUAUUUCUGGUGAUUACAUCAAGUUCAAUGUCCUCCCUGGUGAGGUCAUCUCCCCAGGUGCCUUGCGUGUUAUCGAGAAGCAAGGUAUGCCAGUCUACAGAAGCAGUGACAAGGGCCACUUGUUCAUCAAAUUCUCUGUUAAGUUCCCAGGAAGCAAGUUUGCUUCCGAGGAAAAGUUGAAGCAAUUGGAGUCGAUUUUGCCACCAAGAACCAAAUACACCAUUCCAGCUGGUGCUGGUGUUGAUGAGUGCGACUUGACUGAGGUCGACCCAAGAUUGCACCAGUCUGGAGGCAGACGCGAUGCCUACGACUCUGACGAAGAAGAGGGAGCACAAGGUCCAGGUGUGCAGUGCGCAUCUCAGUAA